CAGUUGUGAACAGAUCAGUUCCAGAUGUCUGUGCAACUUGCCACAUUCAUGCUACGUGUCAUCAAAUUGAAGGAAAAAGUGUUUGCAUCUGUAACUAUGGAUUUGUAGGCAAUGGAAGAACCCAUUGUCAAGAUAAAGAUGAAUGCCAGAUUGGAGCCACCAAGAUUUGUGGAAAUCAUACACUCUGUCAUAAUACACAUGGAAGUUUUUACUGUGUUUGCCUUGAUGGAUACCAAGCCUCCAACAACAACAAGACAUUUAUUCCCAAUGAUGGCACGAACUGUACAGAUGUAGAUGAAUGUGAGGAGUCUGGGCUGUGUGGUCACAAUGCAAGAUGUGUGAACACUGAAGGAAGCUACAAGUGUUACUGCAAUGAUGGUUAUAAAUUAGAAAAUGGAAAGCUUUCUUUUCAUCCAGAUGGAAAUGCAGUUUUGUGCAAAGAAAUUGGAUGUGGUUCCCCUCCUGAAAUGAAGCAUGGCUACAUCGUGGGGAACUACAGCUUGCUGCCAGGAAGUGUGGUUCAUUAUGAGUGUCAAGAAGGGUUUUACAGCAAUGAUGGAAAGGUUGCAUACUGCACUGCAAAUGAAACUUGGGAACCUGCUACUUUAAGCUGUAAAGGUGUGGAUUGUGGUGUUCCACCUCCUGUUUUGAAUGCACGUCCAGCAUCUGUAAGUGGGACCACAUACAGAAGUGAAGUUACUUACAAUUGUGUUCAUGGUUACCUGAUCGCAAGCGGCAAUCGGACUGCAGUCUGCAAUGCCAGAGGACAGUGGGAUGGUCCUGAUUUGGUAUGCAAAGAGAUAGACUGCGGCAAACCUAUGCUGAUUCCACACACAGAAAUGACCUGGGACAGCUCUACUGUAUGGAGCAGGGUGUACUAUCGGUGUAAAGAAGGAUAUUAUUUUAAUGGAGACAGGAAUUUUUCAGAAUGCACAAUGGAUCAGUCAUGGGAGAAUAUUACCUACAUAUGCAAAGAGGAGGAAUUAUUCAGUAAUUUGUCCAUAUUUAAUGAAACAUGUGUGAAGUGGCAAAGGAAAACUGGAAGACUGGGAGUGCAGGAAACAUACACUUUUCAUAUACUGGGCCGAAGAUGGGAUGAGAAGAUGUUCGCAGAAGAUGUGGUAUUUAACAUCAGUACAAGUGAAGAUAAUCCCAAGGUGUGUUUAGAUCUGAAUUCUGGCAGUUACUACGUGGUGAAUAUUACUACCAUCUCUUCCGCAAACAUCACUGUCUCAGUUACAGUAGCAGUUCAAACAAAGGUAAAGGAAGCUUUCAAUAAUGUAUUAAUUUUUAAUGGUACCUGCUUAAAAUGGUGGAGAAAUGUCAGGGGAGCUGAUGUGGAAGACAGAUACUCAUUCCGUGUGCGAGGACAGCGUUGGUAUCAGAAGGACUUCCUUCAUGAAAUGACCUUUAACCUUACCACACACAAGCAAGCUCCUGAAGUGUGUUUUGAUUUGCAGCCAGGCACCAAUUACUCUGUUAAUAUUUCCAUGGUAGCUUUGAAUUUUUCACGGCUCGUUUCUAUGACAACACAAAUUACUGACAAUUCUUUUCCACAAGUUUCCUGGUUGUCACUCAGAACUAGUUCCAUGAGUUCAUGG